AUGUCCAACAUUUUCUCAUUCUUUGGUCAAGAAAUCAAGACUGGCCCACCACAAACCUUUGAAAUCCCAUUCGGUGAAGUUGUUCUCCACCUCUCUACUAUUGCUCUUGCUAAGGAUACUCCAAAGGGAUCAAUCACUAGAGUCUAUGUUCACACUGUUGAUGAUGAAGACAGCGAAAAAGAUAACAAGUUUGUUGUUUGCACCCUUGUUGGAAAGGAGAAGGAAUCUGUUGUUGUUGAUUUGAACUUUAGCGAGGAUGUCGCUCUCUCUUUGGAGACUACUGCUGGAGAUGAUGUUGCUGUUCACGUUACUGGUUACAUCAACUUGGUCGGCGAAGAGGACGAAGAAGAUGAAGAAAAGAACAAAAUUUUGAGACAAAUGUUGGAGGAAGAAGAUGAAGAUGAGGAUGACGAAGAUUUCAAGCCAGAUUUGAACGAGUCCACUGAAUCUGCCACUAAAAUUGAGGAGUUGACUGACGAAGAUGAAGUUGAACCUCCAAUGGGUGGUGAAGAGGAUGAGGAUGAUGAGGAAAUCGAUGAUGAAGUCGCUGAAAUUGUCAUGGAGAAAGUUAGUGCCCUUGAGGAGAAACUCGGAAGAGAAGCUACCGAUGCAGAAAUCAAGAAGAUUUUGGAUGAGGUCCAAAAGAAGGCCGGGCAACCAAAGAAAGAGGAAGAGAAGAAGCAACCACCUAAGCAACAACAAAAGCAAGCUCAAAAGAAGGAAACUCCAAAGGAAUCACCAAAGAAGCAAGCUCCAAAGCAAGACGAAAGCUCAAAGAAGAGGAAACAAGAAGAAGCCAUCGGAAACAACAACAACAAGAAGAACAAGAAGAAUAAGAAGAAGAAGUAA